CGAAUCAUCGGUAUCACGCGUUAUUUCUCGAAAUGGAAUACAAAAUUCUAAACCCCACAUUGUUCAAGUUUGAGGUCUAACUUAGCUCCCAAAAUUCUUCAAACUGUCAUGGCUUCUUCUUCUUCGCCCCAGGAGGAAUAUGUAACUGAGGUUACUGAAAAUUAUGAGACGAUGUGCUGGGGUUGUGGACUACGUGUUUUGAUUCCAUCAUGUGCAUCAGCUUUCAAAUGUGGCUGGUGUGGGGCCAUUACAGAUCAAAACAAACAGAAACGUGACCAGAAGUGCUUCAAGUGGAGAAUAGUGCGUGAUCGAUGCUUUGUUUCUGUUGUCCUCGUGUUUAUGUUCUUUGUAAUAUUUGGUGGAGUGUGGGCAGUUUAUCCUGUUGUCUUUUCUGUCAGUAUUCUUUGUGGAAUUUUUCACUCAAUCAUUACCGCAGUCUUGUCCAUAGUCACCAUUUUCUUUUUCAGCUUAGCAGCUUUUAGAUGUGCUGGCACACCACCUAAUAUAUUAUGGGGAAGCUACCCCACUGUAGGGAAAGGUGACCUAGAAAAUUAUACUUUCUGUCACUAUUGCUCAAAGCCAAAGUCACCUCUGGCUCAUCAUUGUCGGUCUUGUAGAAAAUGUAUUCUGGACAUGGAUCAUCACUGCCCAUUUAUUGGGAACUGUGUUGGUGCAGCUAAUCACCGCAGCUUCAUUGCCUUCCUUAUUUCUGCAGUGCUGAGCACAAUCUAUGUCUCUAUCAUGUCUGCAUAUGCAGGCUUGCAUACAUGGCCACCAUUGAAAUACUCUGUUAGACGUCUAAAUGGGGUUACUAGCGGUGAUCUGGUGUGGAGAGUUAUGAAUGAAAUUAUUGUUGCCUUACUGAGAUCUGCCCUACUUCUUUCCUCUAGGGGACUCAUUCUUGUUUAUCUCUUCAUUGCAAAUGUUUCAUUGCAGAUAGGAUUGAUUGUUCUUUUAUGGCAGCAGCUUUCCUAUAUAUACAAGGGGAAAACUUAUUUGAGUCACUUGAGUUCACAAGCAGACAAUGAAGAAGAAAAGAAAGAUUGCCAAAAUCUUGUUAGAUUUUUUGGUCUUCAAUAUUCUGUAACAAGAUUUUUGCCAAACUUCGGUGUUACUCGGAAAAGACAUGUAAAGUGAAAGUCAGGUUUUGUAGUCAACAACUUCUUUGACUCUUUUUGACAAUUUGUAACAAUGGACAACCAGAAUAUUUUUUCCAAAAAGAUCAUUUCAAUGUGUAUAUAUUUGCCAAGAGGGGUCAGGAAUGCCAAUCUCAUUUGUGUUGGCUGAUGAAUGAGAGCAUGUUUGGAAACUGGUUUGCAUCCUUUCAAACAGAAGUUCACUCAUUCCAUUACACUAAAUGAGGAAGCAAAAAAUUGGAACAUUGGCAUGGGCGUUUGUGUCGGUUUCAACUGAUAUUCUAACAUGCAAUUGGCUGCCUAUAUUUAGUAUGGAAUUUAGGGACAUGUUCAUCAUUGUGGAUUCUGACCGAAAUAAAAUGGAUUGCGUUCUAAAGGUUGAGCGUGGCUUGGUAUAUAUGUAGCUAUUGUGAAUA